AAAAUUCAAAUGAUAAUAAAAUAAAAAGGUUAAAAUGAAUAUUGGAAAUAGUUUUAAAUACAAAAGUAAUUAUGAAUUUUACGAAGAUAUGUUCAUGGCGAAUUUAAAUUUUCAACAGCCGCCCAGAAUUCCUUCAGCAUCAUUAACUCGAAACACGAACAGUAGCUUCUCAUCUAGCUCUAUUUCGGGAAAUGUUACGCCAACGUCGUCACUAAUGUUUCAAACGCAGCAACAAGGCCCGAAUAAUUCCAAUUUCGUAUCACAAUCCGGUCAACAACAACUAUCGCCAAAUCGACUUGGUGCCGGGAGUAUAGUAGGAAGUACUGGUGGUCCUCAAAUGAACCGGAGAAUAUAUCAAAAUCCUUCAUCAAUUCAACGAGGAAGUAGUUUUGGUUCAACAAUGAGUAUGGGUUCCUUUAUGCAAUCGCAAGCAGCAAGAUAUGGAUCUCAAAGUGGGAAUAGUGGCAUUAAUAAUUUUCAAUCAGUCUUUGGCUCAUCAUCAGACACCCCGCCAACGCUUCUUGACAUGAGUGAAUUUCCAUCCUUAACGAAUGCUCGCGGGCAAAAUGAUCAACAUUCAAAUGUACUUCAAGCACCAGGUAGCAAAGCAUAUGUUGGAAUGGUGAAACAACCGACUUCAGAACAAACAGAAUUUCAGAUGUCAAGUGAAGACUUUCCAGCUUUGCCGGGUACGACGUCUUCGGAUAAUGUAGGUGUUGUUGGUAGUCAUGCAUCAAAUCAGCAGUCUGUUUCAUCAGUGAUUGGCUCCUCCGGAAGUGGUCAUCAUCAAAUGAGCAUGAGCAUGCUAGAUUCCAAUUCCAUGGGUGGUGACAAUAAAAACUCGAUUGGAUCAAAUCUUUGUAUGGACAUGAUGCAAUCAGAGACUGUGACGGGAGGACAGCAAAUGGGAAGUGGACAUAUGUCAAAUAAUGUAAGUGAAAAAGCAAAACGUGGCGUGCAGACAUCACCGAAUGGUCUCGUAACAAACAUACCGCCAACAAUGGUCAACAAUCAAUUUGGCAUGAUUGGUUUGCUCACAUUUAUACGCGCGGCAGAGUCUGAUCCCAAUUUGGUGUCGCUUGCGAUGGGCCAAGAUUUAACGGCACUAGGAUUAAAUCUAAAUUCAAUGGAAAAUCUUUAUCAAAGUUUCGGUGGACCAUUCUCAGAAUCACCAGCUCGACCACAAGAUAUUGAUUUCCCCGUUCCAUCAGAGUAUUUAAUUAACGUAGCAAUUCGUGACAAACUUGCACAGAUGAAAAUGAAACAGUACAAGGAUGAUUUGCUUUUCUUUCUCUUCUACACUAACUGUGGCGAUGUGAUGCAACUAGCAGCAGCAAAUGAACUCUACAAUCGAGAUUGGCGGUAUCAUAUUGAGGAGAAAAUAUGGAUAAUGCGAGUACCAGGCCAUACAAAUUAUGACAAGAGUGGGACUAUUGAAAGAGGCACUUAUUACUAUUUCGAUGCAACUAAUUGGCGUCGCGUGCCCAAAGAAUUUCAAAUUGACACGAAGAAAUUGGAGACAAAUCCUCCUCUAGCUAUGUCGUAAAAAUAAAUCAAAAAAAAAAUUAUGUGGUUUUUAAUCUUUUCUGUUUUCUCAACUUGUCUCCUAUCCGAUUUUUUUUAUCAUUAUUUUUCUAUUAUCAUCCUGUAAUCCUUACGACCCUGCUCCUAUCUAUUUUCACAACAACAAUCCUAGAUCCUCUCGAAAUUAUGUUUAUGUUCCUUUAAAUCAAAGAUUAAAAAACGACAAUUUGUAAAAAAUGAAAGAUAAAACGUAAAACAUCCCUUGAACUUGAAUGCAUUAUGAGGUAAAUUUGUAAUGCCUAACAUUAAGAG